AUGGAGGGCGCUGUCCCCCCUGUCCAGACGAGGCGCUCCAGUUCGCCGGGAAGGGUCAGCCUCCCGCGCGGGGUCGGGAGGCCCAUCAAGCACGACGCGAAGUGCGACCCCCAGGUCUCGGGGGCCCCCGCGUACACCCUCGCCGUCUCCAGCGCCUCGUCGAACUCGGACCACGUCAGCCUCUUCUCCAACUCGCUGCCCUUGGGGUCCGCCAUCCCCCCGCCCGGGUCACUGGUGGCUAGCGGGCGCGAGAUGGCCCCCAGCUCCGGGCGCAACGCGCUGCGCGCGAUGCAGCAAAACUGA